CGCUGCUAGUGGGGGCCUUUGGCCAUGGCCAGCACGGCCGUCCAGCUCCUGGGCUUCCUGCUUAGCUUCCUGGGCAUGGUAGGAACGCUCAUCACCACUAUCCUGCCGCACUGGCGAAGGACGGCCCACGUGGGCACCAACAUCCUGACGGCAGUGUCCUACCUGAAGGGGCUGUGGAUGGAGUGUGUGUGGCACAGUACCGGCAUCUACCAGUGUCAGAUCUACCGCUCUCUGCUGGCGCUGCCCCGGGACCUGCAAGCAGCCCGGGCGCUCAUGGUCAUCUCCUGUCUGCUGUCGGGCAUGGCCUCCGCCUGCGCUGUGGUGGGCAUGAAAUGCACUCGCUGUGCCAAGGGCACGCCCGCCAAGACCACCUUCGCGGUGCUGGGGGGCGCCCUCUUCCUGCUGGCUGGCCUGCUGUGCAUGGUGGCUGUGUCCUGGACCACGAACGACGUGGUGCAGAAUUUCUACAAUCCGCUGCUGCCCAGCGGCAUGAAGUUCGAGAUCGGCCAAGCCCUGUACUUGGGCUUCAUCUCCUCGUCCCUGUCUCUCAUCGGGGGCACGCUGCUUUGCUUGUCCUGCCAGGAUGAGGCCCCCUACAGACCCUACCAGGCCCAGCACAGGGCUGGGGCCACCACCACAGCCACCGCCCCAGCCUACCACCCACCAGCAGCCUUCAAGGACAAUCGUGCCCCCUCGGUGACCUCAGCCUCGCACAGUGGGUACAGGUUGAAUGACUACGUGUGAGUUCCUUCCCCAGGCCUCUGCCAGCCCUGCUGGUCCCCAAGGGACCGCUGACACAUGCAGGGACCUACAUACAUGUGGGAAAGUGAGCCCAGAACACAGGGAAGGAUGCUUUUCAAAGCAAAGACUUCUAAAAUGUGCUGUUUUUGUAUUUAUUACAUGUAUUUAUGUGGGUGGUUUGAUGAGGGCUUAAUAAAGAGGGGCUUGGAGGCUUG